CACAGGUCACGGGGCGGGGCCGAGGCGGAAACGCCCGCAGCCCGGUACUGGCCCCAUCUGGGCUCGGUCCGGCGCCUUCCCCCUGGCCCGACACUCCGCCGGUCAGCGUCAAGUGACUUAUGCCCCCGACCCUGAGCCCGGACCGCUAGGCGAAGAGGAUCCGAUCUCCGAUCUCCGAUCUCCGCUGGAGAGUCUGAAGGUGCCCCGGUCCUGGAGGAGUUCCGUCCCGGCCCACGGUCUCCCGGUACUGUCGGGCCCCGGUCCUCGGGAGCUUCAGGAGGCGGCCGUCAGGGUCGGGGAGUAUUUGGGUCUGGGGUCUCAGGGAAGGGCGGCGCCUGGGUCUGUGGUCUCGGAACAAGCCUGCUGGAGCGAAGUAGCCCCCUCCCUCUCUUGGGACAGACCCCUCGGUCCCAUGUCCAUGGGGGCACCGCGGUCCCUCCUCCUGGCCCUGGCUGCUGGCCUGGCCGUUGCCCGUCCGCCCAACAUCGUGCUGAUCUUUGCUGACGACCUCGGCUAUGGGGACCUGGGCUGCUAUGGGCACCCCAGCUCUACCACCCCCAACCUGGACCGGCUGGCAGCAGGAGGGCUGCGGUUCACAGACUUCUACGUGCCUGUGUCUCUGUGCACACCCUCUAGGGCCGCCCUCCUGACCGGCCGGCUCCCGGUUCGGAUGGGCAUGUACCCUGGCGUCCUGGUGCCCAGCUCCCGGGGGGGCCUGCCCCUGGAGGAGGUGACCGUGGCCGAAGUCCUGGCUGCCCGAGGCUACCUCACAGGAAUGGCCGGCAAGUGGCACCUGGGGGUGGGGCCUGAGGGGGCCUUCCUGCCCCCCCAUCAGGGCUUCCAUCGAUUCCUAGGCAUCCCGUACUCCCACGACCAGGGCCCCUGCCAGAACCUGACCUGCUUCCCGCCGGCCACACCCUGCGACGGUGGCUGUGACCAGGGCCUGGUCCCCAUCCCACUGUUGGCCAACCUGUCCGUGGAGGCGCAGCCCCCCUGGCUGCCCGGACUAGAGGCCCGCUACGUGGCUUUCGCCCGUGACCUCAUGGCCGACGCCCAGCGCCAGGAUCGCCCCUUCUUCCUGUACUACGCCUCUCAUCACACCCACUACCCUCAGUUCAGUGGGCAGAGCUUUGCAGAGCGUUCAGGCCGCGGGCCAUUUGGGGACUCCCUGAUGGAGCUGGAUGCAGCUGUGGGGACCCUGAUGACAGCCAUACGGGACCUGGGGCUGCUUGAAGAGACGCUGGUCAUCUUCACUGCAGACAAUGGACCUGAGACCAUGCGUAUGUCCCGAGGCGGCUGCUCUGGCCUCUUGCGGUGUGGAAAGGGAACGACCUACGAGGGCGGUGUCCGAGAACCGGCCUUGGCCUUCUGGCCAGGUCAUAUCGCUCCCGGCGUGACCCAUGAGCUGGCCAGCUCCCUGGACCUGCUGCCUACCGUGGCAGCCCUGGCUGGGGCCCCACUGCCCAAUGUCACCUUGGAUGGCUUUGACCUCAGCCCCCUGCUGCUGGGCACAGGCAAGGUAGGGCCGGUGACCCCUGAUCCCAGAUCCUUGGCCCCUGUCCUGGCCCUCCCCUGGGGUGAGUGUGGGCAGUGCCUGAGAGUCUGUGCCUCAGUGCCUCCUGCGUUGAGUGGCAUCCAAGUGGUGCCACCUCUGAGGUUCCUGGGUGGGCAAGAAGCGGUGCACGUCCAGGGCCUCACACCAGGGCUGGCAGCCCCAGGUAUGUGCAGUGCUUGGGGCCUGUCCCACCCCGUGACCCCUGACUCUGCCCCCAGAGCCCUCGGCAGUCUCUCUUCUUCUACCCGUCCUACCCAGACGAGGUCCGUGGGGUUUUUGCUGUGCGGAGUGGAAAGUACAAGGCUCACUUCUUCACCCAGGGCUCUGCCCACAGCGACACCACUGCAGACCCUGCCUGCCACGCCUCCAGCUCUCUGACUGCUCAUGAGCCCCCGCUGCUCUACGACCUGUCCAAGGACCCUGUGCUGGGCAAAGGUCCCUUGAUCUUGGAGUUGCAGCCUCUUUCUCUCCAAGGAGGGCGGUGACCAGCCUGAGCCAGUCAAUCCAGUGAUUGGUUCAGGAGUAGCCUGUGACCAGGAGUCCUGGUAGUGAACGACUGGGGCAGCCCUGGGCGUGAGCACCUUGCGUAGCAGUCACAGGCCCUGAUUGGACACUGGGCAGCUGCUAACCCAGCGUCUCCAGCUGCCUACCUGGAGAGCUCCAAGCAUAAGAAAAUAAACCCUGCCUGUUGAAGCCA